CAGAGAGGACAUGAAGCACAAGGUAGUGGAGAGGGGGGGAUAAAGACCACCACCCCCCUCCGCCACCUGCAGCAGCUCGCUCAUUGGCCAUGUGGAGCUGCCAGUCUUCAGCUGAUGUCAUCCUGCAGUGCUGCUUCCAGACUCAGCUCCAUCCUAAGGACAUAGCACAGACCCUCCCCUGGAGCAGAACGUCUCCCCUCAGAGCAGAUUGCAGAGCAUCUCCCCUGGAGCAGAGCAUUUUUCUCACCUCCCCCCCUGGAGUACACUCCGGAGCAGAGCAUCCCCCCCCCCCCCCCUCCAGCAGGACACUCCUAAACCACCGACUAUUUAUUUUUUACUGUGCAAUCAAAUAAUCUUCUUAAACCCCCUCCCCAAGAGCAGAGCAUUAGAGGUCAGCAACCUACCACCAGCAGCAGCACUAAUCUGGGUGCAGCACACAGUCUAUCAGCAGAGCAUCCUCCCUGUGCAGAGCAUCACCUAUUACACAGCAUUCCUGGAGCAGAGGAGGCUCACAGCACAGCAUCUCCUGUUACAGCAUCAUCAGGGAGCAGAGCAUCGGUGCAGAGCAGCGCACUCAGUAACACUGCAUGCUGUCACAAAGCAAGACUAUUCAUAAUAUAGCGAGAGACCUCGUGGGUAGAGCGGGAGUGCUUGUGACAGCUAAGAAUGAUCCAGAGAGACAUCUGUCUGCUGGUGCUCCUUGUGACUGCUUUCCUGCACUCAGCUGUCUGCAAUAAAGGUAACAAACACAAGCCAUGGAUGGAAGCACAGUACCAAGGGAUUAUCAUGGAGAACGAUAACACUGUCUUACUCAACCCACCACUCUUUGCUCUGGACAAAGAUGCUCCGCUGAGAUACGCAGGGGAGAUCUGCGGGUUCCGGAUUCAUGGAGCUGGAACCCCCUUUGAAGCCGUUGUUCUAGAUCGGACAACAGGGGAAGGUCUUAUCCGUGCUAAGGGUCCCGUGGACUGUGAGGCGCAGAGAGAGCACACCUUCACCAUCCAGGCCCAUGACUGCGGAGAGGGGCCAGAUGGGAGCAACAGCAAAAAAUCCCACAAAGCCACAGUACAUGUCCGGGUAAAUGACGUCAAUGAAUUUGCCCCCGUCUUUGGGGAACGGGUCUUCAGAGCUUCAGUGACUGAGGGUCGUAUGUACGAGCGAGUCCUCCGGGUCCAGGCGUGGGACCAGGAUUGCUCCCCUCAGUACAGCCAGGUCUGCUUCUACCAGAUCCUCACCCCCAACGUGCCCUUCACGAUUGACAAUGAUGGGUACAUAAAGAACACGCAGCCUCUGCAGGCCAGCGGAGACAGGCUGAUCAGAUUCACAGUCACGGCAUAUGACUGCGGGAAGAAACGAGCCGUGGAGGACGCGGAAGUGGAAAUCCAGGUGAAACCCACCUGCAAACCCAGCUGGAAAGGUUGGAACAAACGUAUUGAAUACAUGCCUGGCACAGGGAGCCUGGCCUUAUUCCCCGGGAUCCACCUAGAGACCUGUGAGGAGGGAAUAUGGAGCAUCCAGGCCACCGUAGAGAUCCAGACAAGUCACAUUGCCAAGGGCUGCGACCGUGACAACUAUUCGGAGAAGUCCUUGCGCAAGAUGUGCGGAGCUGCCGUAGGAGAUGUUGACCUGCUGCCUGCACCCAGCCCUAUGUAUAACUGGACCCAUAGCCUCCCGAUACAGGAUACACAAGACAGCAGCCCAGUCUUUUGGUUCAAUGGUUCCCAGUCAGUGGAGGUUCCUCCUGGGCGGUUACCUGCAGGGGGCGGAGCCGCUGAUCACCUGACUCUUUCUUUCUGGCUGAAGCAUGCAGGGGGGAGCGGAGGGAAGGCUGGAAAGGAAGAGGAGGUGCUGCUGUGUAACACAGUACAGAACGAUGGCAGCUUCUCGCACUACACCCUGGCUGUACACGGCUGUCGCAUCUCAUUCCUCUACUGGUCUCUGCUGGACAGCGCUCGUCCCGUCAAAUUCCUGUGGAAGCUGGAACAGGUGUGUGACGUGGAGUGGCACCACUAUGCCCUGAGCCUGGAGUUCCCCACUGUCUCUCUCUACGUGGACGGGGUGACCUACGACCCUGCGCUCAUCCAUGACAAUGGUGCCCUCACACCUCCCAAGCGCCAGGCUAGGCUAAUGAUUGGAGGCUGCUGGACAGAUGAGAAGAUUUCAGUGAAAGUGAAUGACAAUGAGACUUCCAGAACACCAGCCACCACCACCACCACCACCGGCCACUAUCUGCGCGGUUACGUGUCCGGCCUCUACCUGCGUUUGGGCCCAGUGGAUUCUCGGGAGGUGAUUGAGUGCCUGUAUUCCUGUAAGGAGGGGUUGCAGUACACGGACUUUGACAGCCUGGGGAAAGGAAUGAAGGUCCACGUCAACCCUGCUCAGUCACAGCUCACCCUGGAGGGGGACGAUGCGCUCUCCUUUAGUCGUGCUCUGCGGCAUGUGGAAUACCUCAACUCCUUACAGUUCCCCACGCCGGGAGUGCGACCCCUGAAACUCCAGACAACAGUGAGGUGUCUCAGCGAUGAAGGUUGUCUCAUGGUACCAGAUCUAGAUGGCUACCUCGUGGUCCUUCAGCCGGAUGCUCCGCAAGUCCAACUGACAGGCUCACCGCGGUCCGCGCACCCGAUAAACGACUUCCAGGGGCCACAAGGCGUCCCUAUAUUUCCAGACCUGAGGAUCACUUGCACCGUUUCCCAUUCUCUAACAUCCAACAAGCUGGAAAGGGCUCCAAGAGCAGAUGUGCAGUCUCCUGAUGGGAUAGAGUGCUCCUUGGAGAGGUGCGAGAUUGGUGUGGUGGGAGAGGACUUGAACUUGGAGUACGAGAGCCUGGCCCUGGAUGUCUCUUCCGUAUGGCAGCACGGGCUGGAGACUGAGAACAGCUCCCGGAGCCUCCGGAUCACCGGCGUGCAGAAUGUGGCGGUGUAUGAGGACGUCUUGCGUAGUGUCAGCUACCGCGCAGGGGCCAAGGCGUCAUUAUAUGCACGUAAAUUUCACGUGUACUGCAGUGAGAUGAACGGGCGUUAUAUAAGCAACCAGCUUUAUACUGAGGUUGACAUCUUACAUGGAAUUCACGCCGUCUCUCCCAGUCAUCUCCUCUCGGCUCAACAGUUCGUCCACAACGUGCACCAGGCCCCAGCGGAGCUAUCUGGUCACGCGCCAGUCGGCGUCAAUCGCAGCUCAGUGUUUCCCGGAGUCGCUAUGGUGAUCAUUGUCGUGUGUAUCGGCUUCUUGGCGCUGAUUGUUACUCUGGGGCUAUCGAGGAUACACAACGUGCAGAAGCGGGGGGAUUCCGAGGGGGCGGAGCUAGAGGCAGCCAAUCAACGGGAUCCGUUCUGGGAGGAUUCGGCGAUGACCAUAACGGUUAACCCAAUGGAGACCCUGCAGUCUCGCGGUUUGGUCGCGGCACAGAAAGCGGCCGUCUCUGAGCAAGGGGACCCGGAGGAGGAGUCACGUUGAGAGCCGCCUCUUUCAGCUGUGCAUCUGUGUACUUUUCGCUUACGUGUCAUCCCCACCAUAGCCUGGCGUGUACGCCACAUCCUGACACGACUGUGUGGUGUGUGCCACUUAUGAACACACACGCUUGUGCUACUAUCUGACACUCUUAAGCGACGAGUGCAACAAAUAGACACUCAGCCUGGGGCCCGUCCCACCCCGUUCCCCUCUCUUGGGAGGGUGUGUUGCAGCCUGGUUCUCUCUUCGGAGUGUCACCCACGCCGGCACUCUAGCUGGGUUGUGUAUCACACCCGUACUCGCUCUCUCUCUAUCCGGAUGCCUCUCCCCCUUUUCGUCAUCAUUUCUCAGGGGAAAAUUUGCCGCCUUCUCUUCUUCAUGCCGUAUUUGUAACCGUCUCACGUGAUGUUUCUACAUUAGGUCCCCGAGAAGCUAAUAUUCUGUCAGCGUCAUUUCCAGGGGGUCAGCGAGCGUUCCUCUUGUAUAAGGAGAGAGGUCCCAGCAAAGGAAAUUCCCUAUCCAAACAAAGGCUGAUAAUCCACAGACACAAUGGACUAACGCUUAACAAUUCACUGUACACCGAUCUGUCUUCUCCAACCAGUCCGCUCCCCUUCCCCCAUCUCCCUUUAUAAAUGUCCUCCCUUCUCCCCACCACACCCCACCUCGUUUCACGUCUAAGCCCCUGUGUAGGGGUUCUCGGAAAAAAGGGGGUCACGACAAUGAAUGAUAUAAACACUGAUUUCUGGUAUAAAUAUAUAUAAAACUAUAUAUAAAAAAAUAUAUAGAGUA